AUGGCAGAUGCCAAAAUGAUUAUACUAGAAACCAUCUUUUCUGAUGUUGAUCCGUCUAUUAUUGAAUCCACACUGACUGCUCACGAUGGUGACUUGCUAGAGACUCAAGCAUAUUUGGAAAAAUACUUUACUUCAAAUAAAGCUGCUGCUGCUGCACUUGGACCUAGAAAUCAGACAUUCCAAGAGUCGACAAUGGUUGACUCUAUACAGAUAAACACGCUUGCUUCUCAUUUUCCAACCAUUGACCCUAGCGUGCUGAAAUCUGUUUUAGACGUGUUUAAUAACAAUAUGGACGAGGCAUAUACAUAUCUGGAAGAAAAGGGGCAUGCUAUGCAUUAUCGUAAAAUAGCUCAAACUUUGACUGAUCAGCCCGAAUCUGACUUGAAUGUUGAUACUAGUCAGCAGAUUCAAAGCCAUGAUGCUUCCACAAGCAGCACUUCGCUUGAAACUGAGCCAUUACCUCCAUAUACUUCUGUAUCAGACAUUCUGUUAAAAGAAUUAUCUGAAAACCCUUUUUCCGAUCCUGUUUUAGAACCCACUUUUGCUUUGACCACAGCUCAAGAAUCUAGAACUUCAAUUCCACCCCCACUUCCACCAAGAACACGCCAUAUUGAUUCGUCUAUAAAUCAAACGCAGCUUGCUCAACAGAAUAUUCAGCUUGAUUGCAAUAAUAUAGCGAAUGCUCAUGUCCAAUUUUCUGAAUUUUCUAAUCAGCCAGCAUCUGCACAAACACCCGUCUCGCCACCUCGUGGAAUAGCUGCAUUUUCUCCUAGUCAAAUAUCUGGCUGGGAAAACACUGCCUGGUAA